AUGGAUGACAUAGGGGAACACUGCGGCUACCCGGAGUGUCAUCAGUUGGAUUUUCUCCCGUUUUUCUGCGGGGGCUGCAAUACUUUCUACUGUCUUGAGCACCGCAGCCAGACUGCCCACUGUUGUUGCAAGAGCUCUGCAGCAGAUGACUCUGCCCAGCCUCCUGCCACUGUGGCCUGCAAACGUUGCAGGCGUCUGCUUGUGGUGCCGGAUAACUUGGACUCGGAAGCGUUUCUUUCUUUACACAGACAGAGUGCUUCCUGUGCGGAAGCUGCCCGGCGACUGCCCCUGUGUGCGCUGCAGUCGUGCAGGGCGCAGACAAUGAAAUCGUGCCUGGUAGAGUGCCCCGAUUGCUCACAGCUGUUCUGUCUGAGACAUCGCUUUUCUUCCGACCAUGAGUGCUUGCGUCGUACCGCCGUCGGUGCGGCGUCCCCCGACCGCUCGCGCGUCAGUCGUAUCCUUGCGGAGGCGGGAUUUGUGAAAGGGAGACGGGAAGAGGAUGUUUCGAAAGGCUCAAAGGAUGACGCCGGGCCAGAGGAGCGAGUUUCAGGAGGAGCCCAUUGCGUGUCCCUCCAUCCUGGACGACAGCUCUGGAGAAAGAGAAUUAUGACAUCCAGAGCAUUGUCGACGAUGCGAAAAAUAGAGGCCAUAAAAAUGAAAAUGAAAGUGAAGCCCGAUCUGUCAAUUCCUGAAGCAGACAGGAUACUGGUCAGGGUGGACAUGACAAUGGCGCCCGAAGAGAUGCUUCCCGUCAAUCUGAGUUCCGCAAAAGAUAAAGACGGCGCUAUAAUGUACGUAGAUGGAAGCAAAACCGCGGGGUGGAACCUCGACAAAAUAUGUAAGAAACUAUCGAUUCGCAAUGCCAACGCUGAGACGGGUGAUGGUGCGACGUUCUGGGCACUUGGUAUGUACGAGGCGGAAGAUCAUAAAAAUCCGUCUGAACAAGCCGUCGGGGUCACGAAAAUAGAUCCCGGUGUCUUGCUGAAAGAGAUGACGCAAGACGGUUCCGUAUUAUUUCUCUUGUGGGAUGACCUUUCAGUGUAA